AUGGAGAAGUGUCACUGGUGGCUGCGUCACUGGUGGCAAAGUAACAGCGUCACUGGUGGCAGCGUUAAUGGAGGAAGUGUCACUGGUGGCAAAGUAACAGGAGGCAGCGUCACUGGUGGAAGCGUCACUGGUGGCAAAGUAACAGGUGGCAGCGUCACUGGUGGCAGCGUUAAUGGAGGAAGUGUCACUGGUGGCUGCGUCACUGGUGGCACAGUAACAGGAGGCAGCGUCACUGGUGGCAAAGUAACAGGAGGCAGCGUCACUGGUGGCAAAGUAACAGGAGGCAGCGUCACUGGUGGAAGCGUCUCAGGUGGCAAAGUUACUGGUGGCAGCGUCGCUGGUGGCAGUGUCACGGGUGGUGAUGUCACUGGUGGCAAAGUGACUGGUGGAAGCGUCACUGAUGGCAGCAUCACUGGUGGAAGCGUCAAUGGUGGAAGUGUCACUGGUGGCAAAGUUACUGGAGGCAGCGUCGCUGGUGGAAGUGUCACGGGUGGUGAUGUCACUGGUGGAAGUGUUACGGGCGGUGAUGUCACUGGUGGCAGCGUCGUUGGUUAUAAAGUGACAGGUGGAAGCGUCACCGGCGGCAGCGUUAAUGGAGGAAUUGUCACUGGUGGCAAAUUGACAGGUGGAAGCGUCUCUGGUGAAAGCGUCACUGGUGGCAGCGACACUGGUGGAAGCGUCUCAGGUGGCAAAGUUACUGGUGGUAGCGUCACUGGUGGCAGUGUCACUGGUGGUGAUGUCACUGGUGGCAAAGUGACUGGUGGAAGCGUCACUGAUGGUAGCAUUACUGGUGGAAGUGUCACUGGUGGAAGUGUGUCAGGUGGCAAAGUCAAAAGCGGCAGCGUCGCUGGUGGCAGUGUUACGGGCGGUGAUGUCACUGGUGGCAGCGUCGUUGGUGAUAAAGUGACAGGUGGUAGCGUCACUGGCGGCAGCGUUAAUGGAGGAAGUGUCACUGGUGGCUGCGUCACUGGUGGCAAAGUAAUAGGUGGCAGCGUCACUGAUGGCAAAUUGACUGGUGGAAGCGUCUCUGGUGAAAGCGUCACUGGUGGCAGCGUCACUGGUGGAAGCGUCUCAGGUGGCAAAGUUACUGGUGGUAGCGUCACUGGUAGAAGUGUCGCUGGUGGAAGCGUCUCAGGUGGCAUCGUCAUUGGUGGUGAUGUCACUGGUGGCAAAGUGACAGAUGGCAGUGUCAAUGGUGGAAGUGUUACUGGUGGAAGUGUCACUGUUGGAAGCGUCACUGUUGGAAGCGUCUCAGUUGGCAAAGUGACAGGUGGCAGCGUCACUGGUGGCAGUGUCACUAUUGGCAGCGUUGCUGGUGGCAAUGUCACUGUUGGCAGCGUUGCUGGUGGCAAUGUCACAGGUGGCAAAAUCACAGGUGGAAGUAUCACUGUCGGCAGCGUCAUGGGUGGUAACGUCAGCGAUGGUAGCGUCAUUGGUGACAAUAUAGGAGGCAACGAGACCUGUGGGAGUGUGAUCGAUGGCAGGGUUUUCGGUGGAAGCGAAAUCACAGGAUUUGUCGGAACUUCAUCAGUGGCUGGCUCGGUCGUCACUCUCCACGGUCCUUCCUCGGGCAUGUCCGUGUUGCAGGGUUUCUCUGUACCAGCAUAA